CCUCAAUACCUGUUUUUGAGGUUAUGUUUGCUUAAUGGUAAACAAAUUGUAAAGCAUGCUGAUUGCAGAUUCGGGGGCUGUAAAAGUGAUCACCUCACAGGAGAUUCUCAUAGGUGUGGGCAAUCAUGUAAAGUACGUAAAAUCCGGAUGUGAAGCAAAGGUGAUUGAGAUCAGCACAGAUUUCCGUGGAAAAAUCCUUGGAAUUGAGAUUCUGAGGAAGCCUGAUGGGAUCAUAGCUCUUGUUUAUGGUGGGAGAUACUUGGCAGCCUUUGUGGUAGCUGGUGGGAGUGUUAGGAAGCUCACUGGAUGUGAAUUCUCUGAUCAAAUCAGCAGUAUUCACUGUGAAGAUGAUCCUGGAAGUAUUUGUGUGAUAACUGGGCAUAAUCUGGCACUCCUGGUGAAGCUUGAGGAUGAUUUUUCUCUCACUAAAAAGGCAAAAUGCGAGGACAAUUCAACUCUUUACUGUUCACACGUAGAAGGAGCCAAAUGGGAGGAUUUUUUGGUUUAUUCCGGAACUGCAUUGGGCGAUGUUAUUCUCUGGAAACCAAGCCAGGCUGACACUGGGAUUCUCCAGAGAUUCACAGCUCACAAGGGAGUUGUCUUCUCAAUAACCACCAAUGAGGGACUCCUGGUUACCACUUCCGAUGAUAGAUCAGCAAAAAUCUGGCAAAAGGAAGAGAAUCACAUCACCUCCAGGUCAGUAGCUCUCUUUGGUCACAAAUCCCGCGUUUUUAGAAGCAAAAUCCUCUCAAAAAACAAUCAAAAAUUCAUCCUGACAAUUGGGGAAGAUUCCAAUCUCUGCGUUUGGCAUGAAUCCGGGAAGUUUCUCUUCCGGAAAGCCCUCUACACUGGGGCAGUCAUUUGGAAUCUUGACUAUGACCCUCAAAGUGAGACUGUCUUCACUUCCGGAAGUGAUGGGAAUGUCAAGAAGCUCAAAUUGAGUGAAAUCCUCCGGAAAGGACUCAAUGAAAGCCCCCGGAAAGCCCUUUUAGAAGAGAAAAUUUCCAAAAUUCUCUUCAUUGAUUGUAAAACUAUCCUUAUCUUGGCAUCUGAGAUGUUUAUCAUGAAACAGGAAGCAUCCGGUGAGUGGAAAUCCUCCAUGAGGAUACCCCUUCCGGAUAUUUAUAUUUCUCUCAUUGAGAAUGUUGAUGGGAAGGUUCUUAUUUGCUCCUCGCAUGAAGCUAGAAUCCUCAGAGUGAGUGAAAAUUCCAUUGAGGAAGAGGGAAGGAAUGAUAAUCUCCUGGAAGGCUUAAUCAGGACAUUCUAUCAAAUCUCUCCGGGAGAGUUUUUCUUCGUGGAUGAUCGUGGAAAUUGCGGAAUCACUGAUAAAUCCCUCAAGGUCCAGAAUCAAUUCUCUGUGUCCCUCUGCAAGGAUCUUUGGUACACAAAAUGGAUCACUGUGGCCAAGAAAAUUGCUGACUUCCUCCUCCUGGGCGAUAGGAUGGGGAAUCUCCAUCUCUGCAGGGUUUCUCCUGGACAAAUUGACAUGAAGAGUGUCGUUAAGAGCGUUCAUGGGACUCUGGGAGUCACUCAGAUUCAUUUAGAGACAAUUUCCAGCGAUUCAGCGACGUUUUGGUCUUCCGGCAGGGAUGGGUUGCUGCGGAUGUUCCUCCUGGACACUGAAAGGGAAUCAAUGAGGGAGAUUUUCACAGAGAAAGUUCCCAUUUCCUGGGUGGAGAAGAUUAUCAGCCGGAAAAAUGGGCGGAAGUUAAUUCUGGGCUUCAAUGAUGAGAAUCUCAUUGUCUGGGAGAAGGAUGAGGGCGUUGUGGUGCAGCUGUGUACGGGAGGUGGACACAAAUACUGGGAUUUCAUGCUUAAUCCCACAGAAACUUCCGCCAGCAUUCUCAGUGUGUGGGAUAAGAAGCCUUUCCUGGAUGAAUUCUCCCUCCCUGACGCAUCAGGAAGCUUCCUGGACAUUCCUUCGGCAAAUUGGCAUCACAAAUCAUGCAAUUCCGUGGGAAUUAUCAGAGAAUCCUCCGGGAGAGUGUUUCUAGCUUCCGGAGGGGAUGAUAACAGCCUGAGAAUAAAUCUCCUCAAUGAGGAGGAAGAUUUGCUUCCAGUUUGUGAAGUUUUUACCCACAUUUCGAAUAUUCGCGCCAUGGAGGUGAUAAAUCUCCAGGAAGAGGAUGAAUUCCUCCUCAUUUCCGUUGGGGGGAGAGCCCAAAUGUGCGUCACGAAGAUCCUACCAAGGAGGAAACCACAAGUUCAGGAAUUUAUCAAUUUUAUGCUAAAAUCCAGAGAUUUUGGGAAGAAUCGCCUCAAUCAGAUGAUUGAUUUCUGCCCGGAAACUCGCUUUAUGUGCCUCCGGAUCACUGGGAUGGACGUCUUUGUUGGCUGCUCUGAUGGCUUCAUCAGGAAGUUCUCACUGGAAAAGGACAAAAUUCGCUUCAUUUCUUCAGUUUUCUACGGGAGGUGCAUCCUCAACGUCCAGAUUAUUGAGAAUUUCGGGCAGAAAGUCCUCCUGACUAUGGGAACUGAUGGGAAGAUCCUUUUCUGGGAUGUUGAAGAAUUCUCCGAGGAAUCUCUGCCCUUUGGAAGCCUUCAGCAUCACGAGAGUGGAAUUAAUUGCUUUGAUUUGCUGCAGGAAGAUGGGAAGAUCAUUAUCCUGACUGGAGGAGAUGAUCAGAAGAUUGUUAAAAGUGUUUUCCGGAUUGAUGGGAAGCACGUUGUCCAGGAAGAACCCACCAGGGAAGCUUCCCUGCAUUUUGCCCAAGUUACAGGACUGAAAAUCUCCAGCAGGGCGGAAUUCUUCUCCGCAGGAGUGGAUCAGAGAGUCCUCAAAGGAAGCUUAGCUGAAUUAAGGAUUCUUCAGGAGAAAUUCACAUCAGUUUCAGACCUGAAGGGACUUGAGCUCCUGAACAAGCAGGAUGUGUUGGUUUAUGGGGCAGGAAUUGAGCUAAUAAAAUUUUAAAUAAUUUUAAUAAAUUAAAUUUUAAAUAAAAUUUUAUCAAAAAAAGA